AUGAAUGAGAGAGAGAGCGCACAAGUUUAUGGUUGUUGUACAAAAUUGUUAUUUUAUCGAAUGUUACUUCAUCCAGAUGUAACUGAAGAACAUUUAGGAAAAUUUAUGAAACCGAUAAUUGAAUUAGCAAAUGAUUUGCCACAAGCCGAAUUAGUUGUUUUCUUCGAUGAAGUUAAUACGUCAUCAUGUAUAGGAUUUUUUAAAGAAAUGUUUAUGGAUCGUAGUAUUCAAGUACAUCAAUUGCCACAAUCAUUAGAACAUUUGAAAUGUUGUUAUGGUACACUUCCCAACAUACAAUUAGAAGAUUAUAUAAAAAGGAAAAUAUCAAUGUUUGAAAUAUACUUAAAUAAUAAAUCAAUGCCGUUAGAAACAUAUGCACAAGAAACUCUCUGCCAUUGCAUAAUACGUGCACAAGAAUUUUGCACAAAACAUCUUAGUGAAAAUGCUGUUUCUCAACGUGAAAUUCAACGUUGUUUUCAACUUAUUGACUUUUUCUGGAAUUUAAAAUAUGAUAAUGAAAUUUAUGAACCAAAUCCACACCUCUGUAUCGCCUUGUCAAUUGCAUUGGUAUAUUAUUUUCGGUUACUAACAAACGCAGAUCGAGAAGAACGCAACGAUAAAGUUUCUCCUACACGUGAACAAUUAUCUGACAUUAUGUCACGUACAUUUUUAUCGAAUUUUAAUGAAAUGAUACAAAAUGAAUUAGAAAAAUUCGUAUUAAAAUGGAAGAAAAAGCAUAGAACAUGGUCGAAAAUUGAAAAAGUUCAUGUUUUUCAUAAAUUUAUCAAUUUUUGGUGGACAACUUAA